AACAAGCGCUACAGAAAUCACUCAUUGGCUGCAUGAAAUCAAUGUGCGGCUGAUUGAUUCAUCCGCUCAACUGACACUUUAUUUGUUUGCAAGAAAAUUGUGGCCGGUAUAUAGGGUUGUACAUUUUCAGCUAGUUAGCUAGAUGUCAUCCAUAAAUUCUAACACCAGUUCAUCAAAGGCUGGACGGUCUCUGGCCAGUUACUGCUCAGACAAUGGCCUGGCAUCUAGGAGCACCUUUAAAACUUCACUUGUGGAUACCGAGAACGAUUCUGACCUCAAGCCUUUCCUCAAAGGUAACACCAAAGUGGAGAGGCUUCAGAGAGAGAAUGCUAAGCUGAAAGAAGAGCUCGAGGACCUGCGGAUCCAGUAUCAGCAGCUGUUGGAUGAGGGGAAAGAGGAGGUGUUUGAUGAGAGGAGAGUCAAUCUCCUGAAGGCUCAAGUGAUGCAGCUGGAGAGACAGGUUAUUCUCUUGUCUGAAGGAUUGAGUUCCCAGACGAGUCGCUGUCUGGAGGUGGAAAAUGCCCUUGAACCCCUUACCGAGAGACUGAGGUCUUUGCUGAGUGUGGACAGCCCAUCUGCAGAAGUCCCCAUUGCGCGAGCUGAGCUCACCCAGCUCAUUGAGAUGUGUGCUGACGUCAGACAAAAACUGCACAGGAAUAAUAAGGUGAAGACUGUGGAGAACCUCUCCAUGCCUUGGAUAAUGUCCAAGAGGAACCUGGUCAAGCAGCCAGUCACCCUGGUGGAUCUUUGCUAUGGGAAGACAAAUAACUUAAACCUUCAGCAAGUGAGUGCCCUGGAGUCCCGGCUGAGCCAGCUGUUUAAACACCUGCACGGGAUGAGGCAGACCCUGGGCUUCCUCCUGGCCCCGGGGCCCCACCCCUCCGACCAGGCCCGGAGGCUGCUCCCUUCCUCGGUCCACACCCGGCUGGUGAACCAGGCCGCGCGGUGCAGCGGCGAUCUGGACCGGUGCUGCUCCGACCUCCUGACCCUGUCUCUGAUCGUGCCCUCCGCACCCUGGGCCGACAGCGAGCAGCGGGUGACCCAGGAGCUGAGCGCCGAGGACGUGCUCUCGCUCCUGCCCCCCUUCCCCCGCGGGGCCCCCCAGCAGCGGGCCCGGAGGGUGGCCGAGGCCCUGGUCCGAGCCGCAAAUUACCCCCUCCUGAUGGCCCUGCAGCAGGUGGAGGCGCUGCAGGCGGAGCUGGACUUCCACCGCGGCCUGUACGCCCUGCAGGUGCAGCACGCGGAGGGCCUCGUCGGGGCCGUGCGGCAGGCCUACCGGGCCUUCCAGGAGAACGUGGGGCGGACCCUCUGCCUGCCGCUGCAAGACGUUCUCUCGUGUUACAACGGCUUGAAGAGCAGUGCUUCUGAGGCCGCCCUCCGCCAGUUCCUGACGGCCUUUAAGAACAACUCGCAGCAGAUCCAAGAGGCAGUGGAGGCUCUCGACCCUUCAAACAACCAGGGAGACGAGGCGCUCUCCAGGUACGGGAAAGAUUUCUUCCGCUCGGUGGAAGAGCUGCAGGAGCGGAGCGCGGAGCAGAGGGACAGGUCCGCCGGCGAGCUGCGGUCGCUCGAGUCCGAGCGCCAGGAGGCGCGGGAGCACCUGCGGGCGCUGAGGAGGGAGCGCGGGGGGAGGAAGGGCGAGCCCGAGGGGGCCGAGAGGGGGGGUGCGUGCAGCCCGGGCAGGCGGGGGGGCCGCGAGGGGACCCCGGAACCGGCACUGGCACCGACACCCGCCGCGCCGCCGUCUCGCCCGAAGCCGGGCGCGCCCGGGAAAGCCCCGUCGCCCGCCUCCCCGUCCGCCACCUCCGACACGGGCCCGUCCCAGCAGCCCCGGGUCACUCAGAGGCCGGCCAAUCAGAGGCCGGGAAAGAGCCCCCCGGGGAGCAAGAGCAGGACGAUUCCUCCCAGGCCGCAGUGGCAGAGCUAGCAGCCGACAUCAUUCGGGUUGGAGGGGGGGUGGGGUGGGGGGGUAAUAGGGGGGCUCACGCUGAGAGAAACAGCCAUGCCCUCCGUCUGGUGCUCUGAUGACUGGGACUCAGAGCCCGGCUCGCAGCAGAGAGACCGGGGGUUAAUAUCUCACAGAAAAAGCCUCUCUCUCUCACCCCGCGUGGGGCAGACGCGGCACUCCGAGGAAAUGAGAAGCACUCAGAAGGCCCUGUCUUCUGGUGUCAGGCGAAGUCCGCGGCUAUUUUUAUCGGCUUUCCGAGCGGCUUUCGCGGGCGUCCGGCGCGGCCGUGGGGAGAGGCGCGGAGGCGGGAGGCACCUGCCCCCGCGUUUCUUUUUAACGGCCUCCGCCUCGCCGCCGAAUGAAAGAUGCAGGUGCCGCGCUUUUACGGCCGAGCGGGGGCACUCGGCCCCGGCUGCGGGGCCCGCGGGCGACAUUAAUGAUUUAAACAUUCGGCCCGGGCGCUGUGAGUUAAUUACCGUCCCCGCGGUGCCGGCGGCCCAGUCACUUACGACAUGUAGUGUUUUUACUGGAACGUGAACUUUAUAGGUAUACGUGCACACACACACACACACACACGCAGACCUGAAACAAGCAGCGUUUAUUUUUACAAUAAAUUAAUGUGGAAAAGAAAAA